AUGCUGAACAAAUCAGAACGCACCAUUGCCGCAGGGUGGCUUCUUUCAGCCCAGACUGCCCAUGAACAAGCAGAAGUAAACGCCAGGCAAGAUCUGACCACGAGCGAGGCCAACCCGCCUUCGGAGACGAGCACCACGGCAGACAAGAGCUCGUCAAGACAGGACAUCAUAUUGGGCCCCGAGUCCUGCUUCCGCUGGGGUGGAGAGGGCAGACGCUACGCAACUGCUUCAAAGGCCCAAGAUCUGCUCCAAAAUCUCCACAGAAGCGAAAUAAGCUUGAUAGUCACGCUCGAGGCCACGAUUAGUAUCGCCAUCAGCGACGAAUCGAUUCCCGACGCUGCUAUAGAACUUGGCGUUGAUGGUGUUCAAAUUAUUGGAGUCGAGUUCGAAUGA